AUGACAGGAGAUUCUACAGAAAUUGAAACAACCGAAAAACAAAUUUCACACGUGGCAACGACCAAAAAUGAAAAGUUAUUUGAAAAUUUAUUAGGAACAUUCAAUGAAGUAAGAGAAGAUAGUUGGGAAAUUUCUUUCGAUGAAGUUGAUGAUCAUAUAUCUUUAUUUCAGGAAGAUGAAUUCGUUCGUGAGGCUUUUACAAAAGGAAUGGAUCUGCGAGAGUAUGCUAGAAACAUUGAAAAUGAAUUAAGUGGAAUCGAAAGAGAACAUGAAGUUGAUUAUAUUAGUCAAGCAAAAAAUUUUGUAGAAUUGCAUAAUCAAAUUCAGUCCUGUGAUCAAAUAUUAGCAACAAUGGAAGAUAUGCUAAGUGUUUUUCAAAUGGAUUUAGGAAAUAUCAGUUCAGAGAUUCAAACAUUACAAACAAAAUCAAUUUCGAUGAAUAUCAGACUUAAGAAUCGAACAGCAGUUGAACAAAAAUUGAAUACUGUUUUGGAAGGGACUAUUAUUUCUAUGCCUCAUUUUAAAUUUGUCUUGUUUAGAAAAAUUACUGAAGGGGACGUAGAUGAAAUAUGGCUUUCUUAUUUAACCGAAUUAAACAAAAAAAUGACAUAUGUCAAACGCAAUCAAAAAAAGAACGUUAAAGCAAUCAAAGAUGUUGGCCCAGAAUUGGAAAAAUUGCGAUUAAAAGCAACCGAAAAAAUACGGGAUUUCCUUUUAACUAAAAUUAGGUCGCUUCGUAUACCUAAUACAAAUGUUCAAAUAUUACAACAAUCAGUUUUGUUAAAAUAUAAAACACUUUAUCAAUUUUUAAUGGAAAGAUAUAGUGAUGUUGCUAUAGAGGUUAUGCAUACUUAUGUUAACACAAUGCCUGGUCUUUGGGGAACUGGAAAAAUUGCCCUACAAGAUAAAGCAAAUAUUUAUAUUUUAAAAGAUAGAAUUAAAACACUUCGAAAUCAGGAUGCAGGAGUUAUAUUGGUUCAUGUUGCCGAAAACAAGAGCAAAGGAUAUCCAUAUGAAGCAUUAUUUAGAAGUUUUAAUUUAACCUUUAUAGACAAUGCAAGCUCAGAAUAUCUUUUCAUCGUAGAGUUUUUCGUAAAGGAUGAUAAUCCCAAUGCAGAAUUGGCAAAGGACCUAUUUGCUGAAAUUUUUGAUACUACAAUCAAAAUGGGACUGGAUUCUACAAAACAAUUUGUCGACAAUAGUUAUGAUGCUAUUGGAAUCCUUCUAUGUAUUAGACUUAAUACACAAUUUGCAUUAGAAUUACAGAGAAGGAGAGUUCCAGCUUUAGAAGGAUAUACUAAUCAAAUUAACAUGUUAUUAUGGCCUAGAUUUCAGGCUAUUAUGGAUAUGCAUAUUGAUAGUGUUAAAAAAGCUGCUACUAAAUUGGUUGUUAAAGACAUUCAUCCACACUUUAUAAGUCGAAGGUAUGGAGAAUUUGCAGCAUCGAUAUUAAUUCUAAAUGAAGAUUAUAAUGAUCCAAUUUUGUUAAAUAGCCUUUCAAGAUUAAGAAAUGAGGUUGAGCAAUUACUUGAUAAGAUGUCAAAUAAUUUUGAUCGCAAAAGUCGAAUCAUAUUCUUGAUUAAUAAUUAUGAUCAAAUCAUGACUAUCUUAAAUGAAACGGGCGGAAAAGCUGUAGAAGCAGAAAUUAAUCAUUUCAGAGAUUUAUUGAAUGGACAAAUAUCGGGAUUUGUUGAAGAAGAAUUACAACCAUAUUUUGAAAGUUUGGUAUCUUUUAUCAAAAAAGUUGAUCAAGGAAAGGAUUUAAUAUCUACGGAGCCGGAAAUAUUUGAUCAAGUAUCAUCUGAUUUUGCUUUAACAUGGAGAAAAUCUAUAGCAUUAAUAAAUACUUCAGUAAUUCAACAUUUUACAAAUUUCAAAAAUGGAACAACAAUAUUACAUGCAGUAUUAGGACAAUUAAUUAUUUAUUAUACUAAAUUUUGUAAUAUUUUAGAAGAAGCAUUAAGAGAUGGUAAAGUUAGAAUUAGACAUCAACCUGUUAAUGUUCAAAGUGUUAUGGUGGAAAUUAAGAAAUUUAGAAGUAAUUUUUAA